GUCCGAUCUUGUAGAGUCCAAGAGCUGUGGGGGCUGGAGAGGAGUGUCCGGAGCAGCCGGGUGAGCCUUCUGGAAAGUAGCUGAGGGAGCUGGUCAGCGGCACAGUUUUGAUUCAUCAUGGAUAAUCUGUCACCAGAAGAAAUUCAGCUUCGGGCUCACCAAGUUACUGAUGAGUCUCUGGAAAGUACAAGGAGAAUCCUGGGUUUAGCAAUUGAGACUCAGGAUACAGGAAUCAAGACCAUCACUAUGCUGGAUGAGCAAGGGGAACAACUAAAUCGCAUAGAAGAAGGCAUGGACCAAAUAAAUAAAGACAUGAGAGAGGCAGAGAAGACUUUAACAGAACUCAACAAAUGUUGUGGCCUCUGCGUCUGCCCUUGUAAUAGGACAAAGAACUUUGAGUCUGGAAAGAACUAUAAGGCAACAUGGGGAGAUGGUGGUGACAACUCACCUAGCAAUGUAGUAUCUAAGCAACCAAGCCGGAUAACAAAUGGUCAGCCUCAGCAAACUACAGGAGCAGCCAGCGGUGGAUACAUUAAACGUAUAACUAAUGAUGCCAGAGAAGAUGAGAUGGAAGAGAACCUGACUCAAGUGGGCAGCAUCCUGGGCAACCUAAAGAACAUGGCUCUGGAUAUGGGCAAUGAAAUUGAUGCUCAAAACCAGCAAAUACAGAAGAUCACAGAAAAGGCUGACACCAACAAGAAUCGUAUUGACAUUGCCAAUACAAGAGCAAAGAAACUCAUUGAUAGCUAAAGGCCUGCUGUACUUCUUUACCUGUUAACUCAGUUCUCUAGCUCCUGCUGAGUCAUUUCUUAGUCAGAGUUUGAAAGACUGUGAGAGAAGGACCCGAGAAGGAAUGCCCCUACUUUCUUACUUUCAGUCUUUUUGGGGUAGGUUCUUGCUUAGGCUUCCUUACAGUCUUUCUCAGUUCACUCUUGGAGGCUGCUUUCAAUACAUCACACAGUCACUUCAUCUCUCCAUUUAGCUUCUUUUUCCGUUCAAGAUGUGGAAGCAUUACCAAAGAGCCAUGAAGGAGGCAGCUGUAUAAGUGGCUUUUGUCAUUAUUGGUUGUUUGGUUUGUUUGGUUUUGGUUUUGUGGUAAAGAGCAAGAGGAAGGAACAAGAAAUGAAGUUGACUCAUUAAAGAAACUACAGGUCACAAAAAAACAGGUUAGUGCUUGGGAUAGGAGCUUUCACACACAUGUUUUGUUCCAUAUCACUGUUUUUUUUAGCUUCUGCUCCAAAGGAGAACACAGUGAGUUUUCCAGAAGCUUCACUUCUGAACCCAUAGUGAUUUAUUUGUGUACAUAGUACAUUCUUGAAUCCUGUUUCACAUUGCACAUGCAGAAACACUAUAUAAAUGAGUGCCUUUUAUUCUCAUACAAUGAGUCAUAGCAUGGUCCCAUUGUAGGCCUGUUAACUUUAUGAAGUUGUCAGUAGCCUUUAAAAGAUGUACAUACAUAUGUGAAAUAGGAGACUUCCUCACUAAAGCAGGGCUUCAAAUAUUUUGGGAAACUUUUACAGUGUAUCAUGUGAAUUCAGAUUUACCUCAAUACUAAGAAUUAUGUUUAGAUAUGAAAAAAACUUUUGAUCUCAGGUAGAAAAAUAGAUUAUUGCUUUUAGUUUUGUGUAGUUUUAGACAUUUAAAAAGUUAUAAUUUGUUACUAAAAGUUGUUUGGAAAAUUAUGCCUUUGGAUUAAUUAUUGAUGACCACACUGCCAUUCUCUCUGCCUUGUGCACAGAAUUAAGUUUAUGUAGAUCCUGAAGUGUUAAGGAAAGUUGAACUGGUAUUUGUCACCUUUGUUUAAAAAUUAGCAGCUGUACACUUUAGAGCUACCAAAGUAGAUGGUUUGACCAAUAACCAUUGCUUGAUUCUUACAAUUAAAUUUUGUAACUAAUGGUAUUGUUCUUUCAAAUAGGUAAUGUUUCUAUGACUUAUUUGUGGGGGCAAUCAUUUUAUCAGCUUUUGUUAAUAUUAAAUAAAAGCAAAUGUCCAUAUGUCAAGCACUCCAAUAGAAAGCUGCUUUAGCUCUUUUCUAAUUUUUACCAGAAGUGUUUACAGGAGUUUCUAUAGUUUGCUGUGAGUCCAUUCUAGACAUUACAUGUCUUAAUCAUUUGAACUUAAAUAUACUACUGAGUAUUUCUGAGUGAGAAUUACAAGUCACUUAUUGAAAAAGAUAUAUCUAACAUAGCAUCCCUGAAAGGGUGAAGAGGACAGUAUUUAAAACAAAAAAAAAAUAUUCCAUGUCAGAAUGAAUAGUUUGUCAGGUAAAGAUACUGAAUGUGUGAGGUAUGACUAAGUAUAAAACAGUGGAUGGUGCUGUACCUAAACAUUACAUUUAAAACAUUAAAUGUACAUUAAAUGUAACAUUAAGUGUUUUAAAUGUACCUUAAUACAUCUAAAAACAACAUGCUGAUUUGUCUAAAGGAAUGGUACCAAAAGGUGGUAUCUAAGGUAUAUUUGGUUAGAAUACGCACUAAAGCAACCCUUUGCUCUUGC